AUUCCUAAACGCUCUCGACUGAACUCGGUGUUGGAGGUGUCUGGCUUUCUGUUGCAAUGAGGUGGCUCUUAAUCUUCCUUGGAUGGUUUGUGGAUUGGGCGCGUGGGACAUAUUGGUAUCUAGUAGGUAAGAGAAGUUCAUUAUGCAAAACCACUCAAAGCUCUUCUGGCCCUCAAGAUGUUAGCCAAGCAACAAAGGAUGCUGUAUUAAGACAAGAGUUUAGCCGGGAUGCCAUACAAGCCAACCUGGAUGUCAUUGUCAUUGGUAGUGGUCUUGGUGGGUUAACAGCUGCAGCUUUGCUUGCCAAGCUGGGAAAACGGGUUUUGGUGUUGGAGCAAAUGGAUCAGGCUGGAGGAUUGUGUCAGUCUUUUAAAGAAAAGGGCUUUGAUUUUGAUAUGGCAUUUCACGGCCUGGGGCAGGUCCAUGAGAACAGCCUUCUGAAAGUUACGUUUGACCAAAUCACUGACGGCCAGUUGAAGUUUGCCGAACUCGAACCUCAUGUGGAUACAGUCGUCAUUGGAAAAGGGCAAGAGGCCAAGAAGUACACCAUUUAUUCUGGCAAACGAAACAUGGAGGCUCAUCUAAAAAAGCAGUUUCCUAAUGAUGCAAAGGCUGUCGAGGAGCUCUUCAAAAUUACCAAGAUUUGCACAGAGAAAAUCCAUAUGUUGUGUAUGCUGAAGGUAUUCCCUCUAUGGUUUGCUCGGGUCAUACUGGCGACUGGGAUAGUUGACUUGAUCUCUCCCAUCUUCAAGUAUGCAAGAUCCAGCACUGCAGAUGUGCUUCGUUCCCUGACCUCUAACAAGGAUCUCCAAACCGUUUUUUGCCGCUUCUUCUAUGGUUGUUCUCCUAAAAACGCCAGCUGUGUGAUCAAUGCCGUACUCUUCCAUCACUUCAAGCGUGGUGCAUUUUAUCCUAAAGGGGGUGCUAGUGAGAUCCCUUACCACAUUAUCAAGUUCAUUCAAAGGCAUGGUGGCCAAGUGAUGGUUCGAGCACCUGUCUCGGACAUACUUGUGGAGAAGGGAGCUGCUUGUGGUGUGACUGUGACCAGAGGUGAUUCGGAGGUUACCAUUAAUGCCCCUGUUGUAAUUUCAAACGCUGGUGUAUUUAAUACAUUCCAGAAGCUGCUUCCUCCAGAGAUCCAGACCCAGCCAGAAAUAUUGGAGUGCCUACAACAUCUAAAACUGAGCAAAGGAUUCUUUCAGGUGUUUGCUGGCUUUAAUGGUACACAAGAAGAGCUUGGCAUCACUUCGACCAACUUCCGUCUCUUUAAGAACAACGACAUCGAUGCCAUGGCUGAUGAGUACUUUAACUCUUCCCAAGAGGCAGCCCCUGAUAACAUACCAAUGAUUUACAUCUCCUUCCCCUCUGCUAAAGACCCCAACGCAAAGGAUCGCUUUCCAGGUCAGACAUGUAUGGUCAUUCAUACCAUUGUGAAAUAUGAGUGGUUUGAACAGUGGAAAGACCUUCCUGCGGCAGACCAGAAGGCCUAUGAAGACUACAAAAUGAGGUUUGCCAAUAACAUCUUUGACUGGGCCUGUGAACACUUCCCCAAACUGAGAGAGAAGGUGGCAGUGCUCCAUGCCGUCAGCCCGAUCAACAUGCAUGGACUAGGAGCCCCACGUGGAGCCAUGCUGUCAGCGGACCAUGAUUUGGAGCGAGACCAGCCUUUGAACAUUGCCAAGACUAGGAGCUCUACACCCAUCAAAAACCUCUACCUGUCAGGACAAGAUGUGUUUUCAAAUGGUUACGCUGGUGCCGUUCAUGGAGGAAUUAUCUGCGCUUCUACUGUUCUUGGUCAUGUGCUUUACAUAGAUCUUAUGCUUCACAAAAGAAAGCUGAAAGAGAAGGCUUCAAAAAAGCUGGAUUGAACCUUGUUUGCCCGUGACAAAAAUGUAGUGCAUGGCUCCAUUUCUCAAGCAAAUAAAUCUUUCAAAGGCA